UGCAUUGUGGGAAGGAGGCGGCAGCGUCUCGGGCGGGCGGGAGGUGCACCAGCGGCGGCGGCGGCGGUAAAUCCUCCCGGCCGCUCACAGCACUGUGGAGCCGCGUCCCCAGCCCGGCCUCGGACCGCGGCACCCCUCCUGGCCCUCGCGGCUUCUAGCCCGCCCGCCCCUCCCCCGCGCGUCGGCCCUGCCGAGCCGGCCGGCCGGCCUGGCUCCCCUCCCCGGCCCCGACGGGCGGGCGGACUGCCCUGAGGAGGCGGGGAGGGGAGGGCUGGGCCGGCCAGCGGGCGGGCGACGAUGCCGAACUUCUGCGCUGCCCCCAACUGCACGCGGAAGAGCACGCAGUCCGACUUGGCCUUCUUCAGGUUCCCGCGGGACCCUGCCAGAUGCCAGAAGUGGGUGGAGAACUGUAGGAGAGCAGACUUAGAAGAUAAAACACCUGAUCAGCUAAAUAAACAUUAUCGAUUAUGUGCCAAACAUUUUGAGACCUCUAUGAUCUGUAGAACUAGUCCUUAUAGGACAGUUCUUCGAGAUAAUGCAAUACCAACAAUAUUUGAUCUUACCAGUCAUUUGAACAACCCACAUAGUAGACAUAGAAAACGAAUAAAAGAACUGAGUGAAGAUGAAAUCAGGACACUGAAACAGAAAAAAAUUGAUGAAACUUCUGAGCAGGAACAAAAACAUAAAGAAACCAACAAUAGCAAUGCUCAGAACCCCAGCGAAGAAGAGGGUGAAGGGCAAGAUGAGGACAUUUUACCUCUAACCCUUGAAGAGAAGGAAAACAAAGAAUACCUAAAAUCUCUAUUUGAAAUCUUGAUUCUGAUGGGAAAGCAAAACAUACCUCUGGAUGGACAUGAGGCUGAUGAAAUCCCAGAAGGUCUCUUUACUCCAGAUAACUUUCAGGCACUGCUGGAGUGUCGGAUAAAUUCUGGUGAAGAGGUUCUGAGAAAGCGGUUUGAGACAACAGCAGUUAACACGUUGUUUUGUUCAAAAACACAGCAGAGGCAGAUGCUAGAGAUCUGUGAGAGCUGUAUUCGAGAAGAAACUCUCAGGGAAGUGAGAGACUCACACUUCUUUUCCAUUAUCACUGAUGAUGUAGUGGACAUAGCAGGGGAAGAGCACCUACCUGUGUUGGUGAGGUUUGUUGAUGAAUCUCAUAACUUAAGAGAGGAAUUUAUAGGCUUCCUGCCUUAUGAAGCCGAUGCAGAAAUUUUGGCUGUGAAAUUUCACACUAUGAUAACUGAGAAGUGGGGAUUAAAUAUGGAGUAUUGUCGUGGCCAGGCUUACAUUGUCUCUAGCGGAUUUUCUUCCAAAAUGAAAGUUGUUGCUUCUAGACUUUUAGAGAAAUAUCCCCAAGCUAUCUACACACUCUGCUCUUCCUGUGCCUUAAAUAUGUGGUUGGCAAAAUCAGUACCUGUUAUGGGAGUAUCUGUUGCAUUAGGAACAAUUGAGGAAGUUUGUUCUUUUUUCCAUCGAUCACCACAACUGCUUUUAGAACUUGACAACGUAAUUUCUGUUCUUUUUCAGAACAGUAAAGAAAGGGGUAAAGAACUGAAGGAAAUCUGCCAUUCUCAGUGGACAGGCAGGCAUGAUGCUUUUGAAAUUUUGGUGGAACUCCUGCAAGCACUUGUUUUAUGUUUAGAUGGUAUAAAUAGUGACACAAAUAUUAGAUGGAAUAACUGUAUAGCUGGCCGAGCAUUUGUACUCUGCAGUGCAGUAACAGAUUUUGAUUUCAUUGUUACUAUUGUUGUUCUUAAAAAUGUCCUAUCUUUUACAAGAGCCUUUGGGAAAAACCUCCAGGGGCAAACCUCUGAUGUCUUCUUUGCAGCCGGUAGCUUGACUGCAGUACUGCAUUCACUCAACGAAGUGAUGGAAAAUAUUGAAGUUUAUCAUGAAUUUUGGUUUGAGGAAGCCACAAAUUUGGCAACCAAACUUGAUAUUCAAAUGAAACUCCCUGGGAAAUUCCGCAGAGCUCACCAGGGUAACUUGGAAUCUCAGCUAACCUCUGAGAGUUACUAUAAAGAAACCCUAAGUGUCCCAACAGUGGAGCACAUUAUUCAGGAACUUAAAGAUAUAUUCUCAGAACAGCAUCUCAAAGCUCUUAAAUGCUUAUCUCUGGUACCCUCAGUCAUGGGACAACUCAAAUUCAAUACGUCAGAGGAACACCAUGCUGACAUGUAUAGAAGUGACUUACCCAAUCCUGACACGCUGUCAGCUGAGCUUCAUUGUUGGAGAAUCAAAUGGAAACACAGGGGGAAAGAUAUAGAGCUUCCGUCCACCAUCUAUGAAGCCCUCCACCUGCCUGACAUCAAGUUUUUUCCUAAUGUGUAUGCAUUGCUGAAGGUCUUGUGUAUUCUUCCUGUGAUGAAGGUUGAGAAUGAGCGGUAUGAAAAUGGACGAAAGCGUCUUAAAGCAUAUUUGAGGAACACUUUGACAGACCAAAGGUCAAGUAACUUGGCUUUGCUUAACAUAAAUUUUGAUAUAAAACACGACCUGGAUUUAAUGGUGGACACAUAUAUUAAACUCUAUACAAGUAAGUCAGAGCUUCCUACAGAUAAUUCCGAAACCGUGGAAAAUACCUAAGAGACUUUUAAAAAUAGGCUUUCUUAUAUUUGAUAUUUGGAAGAAAAGCCGUAAGAUGUAUGUAGGCCACUUAAUCACUAAAUAUCUUUGCCUAUAGGACUCUAUUGAAUACAUUAGCCAUUGAUAAUCUACCUGUUUAAAUGGCCCCUGUUUGAACUCUCAAGCUUUGAAGACCUACCUGUUCUUCCAGAAGAGAACGUUGAAAGUGCCAUGUUUCCUUUUGCGUGAUCUCUAUUGACGGCACUCUGGAAUUGUUUAAGUCAUUUUAGACAUAGCAUUUAUUAUCACUGUGGAUCUCUACUUGUUGGGUGUUAUGAAUUCUUUGAAGAAAUAUAUUUUGAAGAGGUGUGGGAGAAAGGAAUACAUUUUAUAAAAUGUUAUAGUGAAGCCCACAAUUGACCUUUGACUAAUAGGAGUUUUAAGUAUAUUAAAAAUCUAUACUGGACAGUUGCAAGAAAUUACCGGAGAAAAGCUUGUGAGCUCGCCAAACAAGGAUUUCGUGUAGAUUUUGUCUUUCUCGAACUUAAAGGAACAAAUGACAAAGUUUGAAUGGAAAAGCCUGCUGUUGUCCACAUCUCGUUGCUGUUUACAUUCCUUUGUGGAGCCUACAUCUUCCUAAGCUUUGUAGCAGGUAUAUGUUGAACACUUCUGUUUCAUGGUUGAGACAGAAUCAGAGGCCAUGGGUACUGACAACUGAUUUGUCUGGUUUUUUUUUCUGUCUUUUCCCAUGACUCUUAUCUACUGCCUCAUCUUGAUUUAUAAGCAAAACCUGGAAAACCUACAAAAUAAGUGUUGUGGUUUAUCUAGAAAAAUAUGGAAAAUAUUGCUGUUAUUUUUGGUGAAGAAAAUCAAUUUUGUAUAGUUUAUUUCAAUCUAAAUAAAAUGUGAAUUUUGUUUAAA